CUUUGCACCUGCAGGAUGUGGUUACUCAACCCAUAGGAUUGGUUCAUUACCCUGGAGUUGCAGAGGGACUUUAUGUGGCAUGUUCCUCAGGGAAGCCAGCCAUGAGCAAAGUGUGUGUUCUUGAGAGACUUGCGCACCAAAAUCAAACGCUGGUCCAGGUUGAAAUUCAUUCAGGACGGCCUCACCAAAUCCGAAUACACCUUGCAUACAUUGGACACCCUCUUGUUGAUGAUCCUCUCUAUUGUAUUGGUGGGCAGCCUAAAUUUCAUGACCUGGAAUCUACUAGUACGGAUAUUUCUUUUGCAUAUGACGGAGGUUAUGAGAGGCCUUUACAGCCUGUUCCCGGGGACUGUGGGUAUCACUUGCAUGCUCAUUGGCUGGUCCUCUCUCAUCCAACCACGAAUAAGGUAAUGAGAAAUUGAUCUUUCUAAAUUGGGUAGUGUUCUCCGCCUAACAUGCGCAAUAGCUUAUGGGCCUUAAGAACUGUUUUAUUUAAUGAGGAAUGAGUUGCAACUAAUUUUGUGAUUUAUUUCUGAAUAAGACAUGAUUGUAGGGUUUUAUUUUUCAGUACAACUAUGAGUAAAUCUUAACAAAUGACAAAGAGUAUUUUCUUUCCCUAAAACAAUGAAGAAUUAGGUUCGCUCCUGUAUAACUGUAUAUGCUACUAUUUUGUUAGAUUGUUAGACUGAACAAAGCAGGUAGGAUAUGCUACCAAUCAUAUUACCAAGAUGCAAAAUGAUGUUAAAAGAAGCAUCAAUGG